AUCGUAUAUAUUAAGGAGACAGUUCCUCUAAAUACAUAUUAAUUAGUUUCGGCACUAUUUGUGCUAACUAGCUAUACGUGUUAACGCUAAUGAACGCUAGCAAUCUAGCCAGCAUGCAACGUUAGCUAACCGAAGAGCUAAUGUAAGAUAAGGAUAAUCACCUUUGUUGGCCAAGAAAAUGAGCAGCUCCGAGGAGGUGUCCUGGAUAUCCUGGUUUUGUGGACUGAGAGGGAAUGAGUUCUUCUGUGAGGUUGAUGAGGACUACAUCCAGGACAAGUUUAACCUGACAGGUUUGAAUGAGCAGGUGCCUCACUACCGCCAGGCUCUGGACAUGAUUCUUGACCUGGAGCCAGAUGAAGAACUCGAAGAUAACCCCAACCAGAGUGACCUGAUAGAGCAGGCAGCAGAGAUGCUCUAUGGGCUUAUACAUGCACGUUACAUCCUCACAAACAGAGGCAUUGCGCAGAUGUUGGAAAAAUAUCAACAAGGGGACUUUGGUUAUUGCCCUCGAGUCUAUUGUGAGAAUCAGCCAAUGCUUCCUAUUGGUUUGUCAGAUAUCCCAGGAGAAGCUAUGGUGAAGCUUUACUGCCCAAAAUGCAUGGACGUAUACACCCCUAAAUCCUCUAGACACCACCACACAGAUGGAGCCUAUUUUGGAACAGGGUUCCCCCACAUGCUGUUCAUGGUGCACCCAGAGUAUCGUCCAAAGCGACCAGCCAACCAGUUUGUGCCGAGGCUCUAUGGUUUCAAAAUUCACCCCAUGGCCUAUCAACUCCAACUUCAGGCUGCAUCAAGUUUCAAGAGCCCAGUCAAGUCAAUUCGCUAGAACUCAACUUUGAUGAAGACCCUGGACUCAAAGACUUUGUUGUUUACUACUUGUUUGAAUCAUUGGAUUAUGAAUUCCCAAUAAAUGCCUGUACAGUUCUCACCAA